AUGCAUAUUAGAGAGCAUCGUUCUUUUUCAGUUAGAACUCCAUCAAUUCAUAUAAGAGAUGAAGAUCCAAAGGAUGUAGUUAAGAGUAGCAUUUGUGGUAUUAUGAUGGGAGUACUUUUUAUGAUUAUAUUUUCAAUUAUUGGGAUGGUAGGAAUAUUUAUAAAUAUUGAAAAAGAAUUAGAAUAUAUUUGGAUGAUGAUUAUUUUGACUUUUACUUAUGUUCUAUUUAUUCCUUACUUAAUUUUAAUUUUAUAAGAUCUCCGAAAAAUAUCAAGAGAAUUAGAGAAACAUUAAGAUGAAUCAGUAAUAAUGAAUCCAUUUGCUUUUACUACUAGUAUUAAUAUAAUUGUUGCAGUAACAAAUACAGAGAAAUAUAAUCCAUUUAAAUUAUUGAAUAUUUAAUUUUUUAUAAUCUCUCUGAUCAUUAGUGCAUUCUUAAUAGAUUCAAACAUUUUGAUAGGAUAAUUAUUAUCAAUUAUUAAUUAUAUUGUAGCAGCAAUAUUACUUAUAUAUACUUGUAGAAGGUGUUGGUUAGGCUGUUGUCAAAUUAAAAUAAUUAACAAAAAUCCAAAAAGAUAUCGUUUCUAAAGUUAUUCAUGUAAUAUACAUUAUUUAUAUUUUUAUAGCCCCUAAUCAAGUUAAGAAAUCAGCAUUUGCUUUUAGCGUUUUACUAAUUAUUUAUUUUAGUUGUAAAUUAAUCCUCUAUGUAAUCUUUCUUUUUUUAGAAGAAUAACAUUUUCAUUACACUUAUUUAACUAGUUUAUUUUAUGCUUUUAUUAUGAUCGUUUAGUUUUCAUAUGUUUCGUAUUUGAUUAAAAUUAUAAGUAUUACUCACCAAUCUAAAAAAUACUUUAAAUGUUAUAUGACCCUAUUUUAAUCCCUUUACUUAUCUUAUACAACCUAAAAUUGUAUUCUUAAAGGACUUUACUUCUUUUCGCUUUUGAGCACUUAUAUUAUAUUCUUCAUUGAAAAACCAUAUGUAACUAUUACUGAUACUGAUCUAUUUGGAAUUUAAUAAUUUUGUUCUUAUGAACAUUUUAUAUAUUUGUUCACAUUUCUAUAGCUUAUUUAUUUCUUUUUAUUUCGAAGUUAUUGUGUCAAUAAAGAAGAAGAAUAAAUAUAAAUUUUUGAUUUCACUUCAGUUUAAACUUUAGAUAAUAGAAUAUAAUGGAUAAAGAAUCAAUAAGAUUAUCCAAUAUAUGAUAAUUAAGUAUCUGAUUUCAUCUAUUUUAUUAAUGAUUUAGAAGCUCUAUAAGAGAUAUAUGAUAAUCUAAUUUACUAAUCUUCUUAAUUAGAUUAAAUAAUUAGACCAAAAAAGGGUCAAUUAAUCAAUUUAAAUUAAUGGAUUGAAAAUAAAAAAUAUUAAUCAUAACUCUAGGGUAGAAAUUAAGAUGAAGAAUAUUUUAAAAAUCUUAAAUCUUUUAUAUAAGAAAAUAUUGGAACUAAAAAAAAAGAUAUCAAAGAAAAAUAAAAAUAAAUAAUUGAUAUAUUAGAAUGUGCUAUAUGUUUAUAAAAUUUGGAUAUCAAAUAAAAUAUUACUCAAUUAGGAUGUCAUGAAACUCAUAAAUUUCAUACACUAUGUAUUGAAAGAUGGAUAAAUGCUGUUCACAAAUGUCCAUUAUGCAAUCAACCUGUUUGA